AAGAUGGUACUUACCAAAGCCAAGGAAACAAUUACUGCCAAUCCAGUUGUGGUCUUCAGCAAGACGUACUGUCCCUUCUGCGUUAGUGUCAAGGAUUUGUUGUCUAAUAUCGGUACUUCCUUCAAGGCCAUUGAGUUAGAUUCUGAAACGGAUGGAAGUGAGAUUCAGGCAGCACUGGCUGAGUGGACUGGUCAGCGAACAAUACCAAACGUCUUCAUUGGCGGGAAGCACAUUGGUGGCUGUGACUCCACAACUGCUUUGCACAGGGAAGGGAAUCUUGUUCCUCUGCUAACCGAGGCUGGAGCACCUGUUAACUCUUCUACAGCUUAA